GCGACGUCACGGCGUGCAGCCUCCUCCGCUUUAAAGCCGCCGCAGCCGCGCAGACGGCACACAGACGGACCGAGCCGCAGAACCCGGACCGGUCUCUGCUCGGAUGGAGCUGUGGGGACUUCGCCGCUCCUGACCCGCUUCGCGCCGCUCUAACGGAACCGUAAGCCCGGUUCGGCCGUCCUCUGCGCCCCGCAGGCCGCCGUCUCCUCCGUGCCUCUCCGGUCCCAUGCGAUUCUUCAGACUCACAUUCAAGUGCUUCGUGGAUUGUUUCUGAAGGUCGCCCCGCAGUCCUGCUCCGUUCUGCUUUCAUUUGACCCGGUUCGACAGGAAAAAAGAGAAAAAUCAUUUCUACUAAAGUUUUUAUUUUCCGUCCUGUUGGGAAUUUAUUUUAACACGUCGUUAAAAAUAAACUGAACUCAUAAAUUAAAAGUGAAUAAAAGUGAAAUGUGUUUGUGAGCAGAGGGACUGAAGUGGACCGGGUCGGUGGGACUCCUACCUGGAGCUGGACUGUGAGAACCGGUGGUUCUGGUUCUGGUUCUGGUUCUGGACGGGGAGCAGGGAGGCGGACAGAAACGGACUGAUUCAGGGACUUGGAGCCACCGGGAAAAGCUGCAGAGUUAAAGAACCAUAAUAAGAUCCAACCUCUGGUUCUGGUUCUGUUCCGAACUGUUCGAUUUAAAGGGAAACUUGGUGAAACCUGAAGAAGACAAACCCAGCUUAGUUCUGACCGGUUCCGACUGGUAAUCUGGGUUUUACUUUGGCAAAGAAUCAGAACCCUGCAGUUAAAGGCCGCACUUCAGAACUUUGACUGGUUCCUGGUUCCUGGUUCCUGACCGGGUUCUGACGGGUUCUGUCCGCUCAGCGAUGGAGAAACAGGCUCUGCCCGCCUCCUCCUGCUCCCUGGUUCUCCUGGAGGAGGCCAGGAAGAACCCCCUCCUCCUGUCCAACACCAAUGGUUACCCCCCCACCGCCACCAACGGCCCGCUGACGGCGGCCGGCGGCGUGGUGGGCGGUGCCGGACCGGAGAAACGAGCAGGUGGGUCCACCGGGGUGGGCCCGGGGUACCAGGAGCGGGAGACGUGGACCCGGCAGAUGGACUUCAUCAUGUCCUGCGUGGGCUUUGCUGUUGGACUCGGGAACGUGUGGCGGUUCCCCUACCUGUGCUACAAGAACGGAGGAGGCGUGUUCCUGAUCCCGUACAUGCUGAUCGUGUUUGUUGGAGGAAUCCCCAUCUUCUUCCUGGAGAUCGCGCUCGGCCAGUUCAUGAAGGCUGGCAGCAUCAACGUGUGGAACAUCGCUCCGCUGUUCAAAGGUCUGGGCUACGCCUCCAUGGUCAUCGUGUUCUUCUGUAACACCUACUACAUCAUGGUCCUGGCCUGGGGCUUCUACUACCUGAUCAAGUCCUUCAGCGCCACCCUUCCCUGGUCCACCUGUGAGAACGAGUGGAACACGCCCAACUGCCUGGAGAUCUUCCACCACCAGGACUGCAGGAACGCCAGCCUGGCCAACGCCACCGUGGGCAGCGGCAACCUGACCUGCGCCGACCUGUCGGACGCCCGCUCGCCCAUCAUCGAGUUCUGGGAGAACAAAGUGCUGAACAUCUCGUCUGGUCUGGAGGAACCGGGACAGAUGAACUGGGAGCUGAUCCUGUGUCUCAUAGCCGUCUGGGUUCUGGUUUACUUCUGCGUCUGGAAAGGAGUCAAGUCCACCGGGAAGAUCGUUUACUUCACAGCAACGUUCCCCUACGUGGUUCUCAUCAUCCUGCUGGUGCGAGGAGUCACUCUGCCCGGAGCGUACGACGGCAUCAUGUACUACAUCAAACCGGACUGGUCCAAGCUGGAGGAGGCGCAGGUAUGGAUAGACGCCGGCACGCAGAUCUUCUUUUCCUACGCCAUUGGGCUGGGAGCGCUGACCGCUUUGGGAAGCUACAACCGCUUCAACAACGACUGCUACAAGGACGCCUUCGUCCUGGCGCUCAUCAACAGCGGCACCAGCUUCUUUGCUGGUUUCGUGGUCUUCUCCAUCCUGGGCUUCAUGGCAGCUGAGCAGGGCGUUGACAUCUCACAGGUCGCUGAAUCAGGUCCGGGUCUGGCCUUCAUCGCCUACCCAAAGGCUGUCAGCCUGAUGCCCGUGGCUCCUCUGUGGGCGGCGCUCUUCUUCUUCAUGCUGCUGCUGCUGGGACUCGACAGUCAGUUUGUCGGGGUGGAGGGCUUCGUCACCGGGAUUCUGGAUCUGUUUCCUGGAAAAUAUUACCACCGCUACAAGCGAGAGAUUGCUGUGGCGAUCUGCUGUUUACUGUGCUUCAUCAUCGACCUCUCCAUGGUGACGCAGGGAGGAAUGUACGUCUUCCAGUUGUUCGACUACUACUCAGCCAGCGGGAUGACGCUGCUGUGGCAGACCUUCUGGGAAUGUAUCGUGGUCUCCUGGGUCUAUGGUGCUGACCGGUUCAUGGACGACGUGGCUCGAAUGAUCGGUUACCGGCCGUUCCCCUGGAUGAAGUGGUGCUGGUCUUUCAUAACGCCGUGCGUCUGCUUGGGCAUCUUCCUGUUCCACCUGGUGAACUACAAGCCGUUGACCUACAACAACGUGUACGUGUACCCGUGGUGGGGCGAGGUGAUCGGCUGGUGCCUGGCUCUGUCCUCCAUGCUCUGCAUUCCCGUCAGUCUCCUCUACAAGCUCUUCAGAGCCAAAGGGACCUUCAGAGAGCGCUGGGCCCACCUGACCACUCCGGUGUGGGGGCCCCACCAGCUGGAGUACAUGGCCCCUGACAUCAAGUCUCUGAGCUCGCUGUCUCCUGGGUCUGACGACAACAAGGUCAUCAUCUUCGAGAGCGUUAUGUAGGCCGGACUCCGCCCGCCCAUCCCUCCCGACGCAAGAUGGCCGACCUGCACCUCCACCUGCUCUCUGUGCCGGGCUUCAUGAACGAGCUGGACUCUGAUUGGUCGCCAGCCAAAGCUUUAAAGCUCCCUUUUCCCAGAAUCCCCUGGGUCUUCUGAUGAAACCCAGCAGCUGUGUGAGUUCCCUUGUUCCUGCUUGUCCCGGCUAAGGCUGGAAACCCGUCUUCCUGCGAGAGCGACAGGUUCCGUUUGGUCUCGGGUCGGAUGGUCGGCAGGACAAACCGGAUCAGCAGCCAUGAUGGACUCACGGUCCGCUGGAACGUCCUGAAUCUGACGCUCCAGCGGACCGUUUGGAUCAUCGCUGUUUGCAGGACAGACAGAGUUCUAGACAGACGCACCGACUGCUUCCCCCUAAAGUUAAUCACAGGUCCGGUCCUGGGGUCCAACAUCAGAACCGUUUUUCUGGUUCUGUGAUGUUUGGCUGCAGGACGAAAUCUGCCUGUCAGACAGCGCUUAAUGUUCUGCUCCCUGAUCCCAGAACAGAUUCCUGACCAGAACCAGGCCUGACCGCUGGUCCUGAACCGACCCGCGCAUCUUUCUGUUCUGUUGCUCCAUCAGAACCUUUUCUUAGAGAACGAAGACAUGAAAACCAGUCGCUGACGUGAAAUCCAGGUUCUCAGAUCUUCUCAGAACCGUUGUUUGGUCUGAGGUCUGUAGCUUCGUCAUCUCUCCUCCCUUUGAGGAGGUUCUGGUCUGGGAUCGGAUCGGAUCAGAUUUCGGGCUGCAUUGUAUUGCCUAUCCUCCCUGAGUGCCAAAAGAUCUGACCUGAACAGGGCUGCAGGUUGCCAGCGAUCCGGUCGGACGCUGCGGUCCUCUUUGUCCCAGUUCUGUUAGUUCUGCUCCGGUUCUUUGGGUUUUAUCUCCACUUCCACUCGUUACCUCACUCUUCUCGAUGUUCCAUUGAGAACAAAAGACCUUCUUGGUUCUGUUCAGAACCUCCACUGAUCAGACUCCAGAAACUCGGCGGCGGGUAAUUCGGGUCUGAGGCAGACGGGCUCUGCAGCCUCAGAACCGGGACGGUUUUGGUCCGAUCGUUGAGCUGCGGCAGGACCAGCUGGAGUCCGAUGAGCGUGGAGACUCAGCCGAGCGUUGCCUUACGUCGUUGUCUUAACUUCAGAACCAAACGGUGGUGCGGCCAAAGUCUGAGCGCCCUGAGGACUUCCUGUUGGCGGUCAGCGUGUCUACAACUCUGUCUGCUGCCAGCCGGCCGGCGUCCCGCCUGGGAAAACCACUUGCACAUUGUUGUGAAAUAAUGUCGCCAAUAGUCGUAGAAAUCUGCUUUAGUUUUUGUAAAAUAAACAGAAAUGUAUUUUAUGGAGGCUUUUAUUUUGCUGAUACAUGUAAGAAAUCUAAAUAUAUUGAUGAUCUGUGUGAGCCGUACCUGAUGCAGUGUUUGACUGGAAUGAUGAUCAGGAGGUUGAGCUGAUUGUUCACGUCGUUGGCGGACACAACGCUGACGGCCUACCUCACUUCCCAUUCAGACUUUCAAAAUAAAACACCCCUAAGCUGUUUCAUGCAACUGCUGAUGUCAGUCAGCACCAACAACCAAUGAGCCGCCUGAACAGGAACCCAUGUGACCUUUAGAGCUACCACAGUUCUCCAUCAACCGCUUUUGGUGCUGCAAGGCUUUUCAGCAGGUGUCCGACCGGCUGACGUGAACAAGCAGUAAAGACCGGUGCUUUUAUUCUGGCGGGUUUGCUGCGAUGCAGUGAUGUUACGGCCGUCUGUGGGGAGGUUACGAUGUUCAAAGUGCUAAAGAGCUUUCAGAGUUUUCGCUUUAGGUGAUUUUCUGUAUUUUCCCCUCAGAGUUCCCAUGGCUCACAGAAAUCUGUAAUCUGUGUUACGUUGGAUUAGUUUCACAUUGUGGCAAAAGAUAAAACAAUCUUCAGUCAAACAGGUAAAUUAAACCUUCUGAAUGUGAUCAGGAACAGAAACAGAGGGCAGAAAAUCUCCAGCUCUUCAUCCCAAAAGCCACAAAAAUUCACCAGGAAACUAGUUGGAUGUGAUUUCCAAUCAGACGCAGCUUCAAUCUUUUAUAUCCUCUGAGAUUUAGACAGACUUUGUUGUUAUUCAGCUGCACGUCACAAUGUAGGUUUGACUGAAAUUCUGUUGCUCUGAGUAAAAACAGAAGAUUAAAGAGAAACAUUAUAAAUAUAAGUAUUUGCAUCGUUAUUUUUAUAAAAACUAUAAACUAAAACAAGGAAAUGAUUGGCUUGUGUCAUGGUAGCAGCUCUGAUCUUCCACCAACUCAUGCAAACUAAAUAAAUAGUUUAUAGAUAAAUACAACAUAAAAUUAUUAUUAUCAGAAGUUGUUUUUAAGACUAGCUGCUGACAUGUUUGAGUUUCCAGACGUAACCUCGCUACUCUUCCUAACAACACUACUGUUGAACAAACAUACAUCUGAUUAGAUUGGUAAUCUAGAAUAAAAUCUAAUCAUGAUUUUUAAUUCAGUUUAUUUCUAGCGCUCCAAUCCACUAAAUUAUUUCCAGUCAGGUUGGCUUAAGUAGACGGGGUGUCUGCCUCACAGAGCAAAACUGGGAGUUGGUUCCACAGGAGAGGAGCCCGAUAGCUAAAGGAUCUGCCUCCCAUUCUACUUUUUAAUGUUAAACUCUCAGAUGAUCUGCUCACCCUUCAUUUAUAAUCUGAUUAAUUUCAGGUUCCUGCAGCUGUUUUCUCCUGAUCUUUCCUCGUUUCUUUGUUCCUGAUAAAGUUUCAUGUAAACGUUCCGUCCUCCUGAUUAAAGGCCUGAGCUGAAGAGGCUGCCUGAACCUCAAUGUUGAGGAGAUGAAGUUUGUUGGUGAAAGCAAAGGAGUCCUCCCACCAGGAGCCACUGCUGCAGAGAUAUGUGUAGGCCAUCAUGUCUGCUUCACUUUACUGGAGUUCUACCAGGAGAACCUGCUCCAAACCCACAACAUCUAAAGGCAUCUUUAUCCAAUAAACAACGAAUAAACCCAGUUACAUUUAGCCUUCAUUUUUGGGCAUAAGGUUGAACUUAUUAGUUUGUUUAUUGAUGUAUUAUUUUUCUAAUUAUCAGUGAGAUAGAGCCUCAGCAUCCAAUCAAAUUAAAACCAAGAUCAGUAGAUCAUUAUUUCUACCGUCCUGAUUUCAAUAAUCAGACUAACCUGCUGCUCAGCCAUGGGAUAAUUUUAAAUUUAAAACUUUUAAUGUUUAAAGCAGAAUGUAUUUCAUUUUUCCUGUAUUUGUCCGGAGUGGAGCCUGGAUCACAGGAGGGGAAAAUACUUUAAAUCUGCAGCUAUUUCGAACUAAAGAAGAAUAUUAACGUUAUAAAUGCUGUUGUUUCAUGUCUGUCUGUCUGUGUGGUCUUCUGCCAAAAACUAAAUCUGGAGACAGCAUCUAAGAUGGAAACCUGCGAGAGGACGGCAUCGGCUGGGAGGGCGCAGAAACAAAGAGCUUUUAGAGGCAGACGGGCUUUUAUUCCUGAUUUCUGUCUAGAUUUAAGAGGCACAUUAAUUACCUGGAAACAUUUAUUCCUCUGUGUUACAUAUUUAAACCAAUUCAACUUGAUGCCAGAAGUAGAUGAUGAUGAUGAUGAUGAUGAUUGACGAUGAUGAUGAUGAUGAUGAUUGAUGAUGAUGAUGAUGAUGAUGAUGAUGAUGAUGAUGAUGAUGUUAAUAAGCCAUCAGUGUGCCUCCUACAACAGCCAAUCACCUCACAGGUCACAUGAUGAUGUCACAGGGACAUCGGUCAAUCACGCUAUGCAAAGAGUCACUUUGUGGGUUUUUAUGGAUAAAUGAGUCAAAGUUCAAAUGAUCUGAAGAACCGUUUGGAUCUCCAGACCGAGGAAUGUGACCCAGUCAGAUCUGAAGCCCAGAUCCAGGACAGCAGGUCAGCACCUGUCCAGGUGUUGCUACCUUAGCUCAGGUCCAAAUUCUCCUUCAAUCAGGGGAAGAUGGACGGCGAACAGUUGAGGCUGGGCAGGGUGUGUCGGUCCGGUCGUCCUCUCCAGGUUUUAACAGCAGGUUCUGUCAACAAGCUUCAGUUUGCCAAGUUCUGGUGGUGGAGAGCGUCUGGGUUCCAGAACCUUCCCUGCUGAUCUCUGAGCAGGAAAUCAGAAAUGUUUUGUUUACUGACCAUUUUCUGGCUUGUUUUCUGUCUGAACAAAGAAAAACUAGCCAAGGGUGAAAAAGUCGUAGAAGGAGAUGAUGACCCUGUCUUUGCUUUUGUCUGAAAAUGGUUAAUAUUUUGUAACCCAACAAAACCAAAAGUAUCUGGUCUGAUCAGGCCGGAUCAGCAGCGGUAAGAACAGCAGGGGGCGCUCUCCUCCAGCUGGGACACCAGCCGUGUUUGGGCUAGAAACACAGCGUAGCAAAGCUCGAAGUUUGUGUCGUUAAAAUAAGAUGAAAAUGAGAAGAAAUCUUUAAAAAGUCCGGCGACCGUUGGACAAGGUUGCAAAUUAUUGUCUUCAUCUGUGGAGAGGUGAUUUCUGGCUGCUUUGCUGCCAACUAGUGGUCAGAACCAUGCACUGCAGCUACAGCAGAUCAAUAGAAGAUGGGUUUCUCUGCUUUAAGGCAGGCAAACACUUCUAAGAUCCUUAGAGUAUGUGUCUAACUAAAAGAGGAAAUAACUAAUUUAACAGAUAAAUUUAAAACUGGGCUGUAAAUCAGUCCAGUGUAAACAGAACCAGAACAUCCCAGUCCAGCAUCUUUCUGCUGUGAAGACAAUAAUCUUCAGGACACAUUGAUCACGCGUGUUAUUAGCUCCCGUCUCUCCACACAUUGCAACACAGACGGUCUGGGAGGCAGAAAGAUGGACGGUUGGUAAUCCGGAGCGCCGCUUGUGUUUCCAGCCCAAACAGAACUUCAUGUUGUUACGUCUCUGUGGCCGUCUUCCAUCUGUAGCUGUAGACCAGUAGCUGUUACUGUAGUGAAACCUGGGCUCUCUGUUAACGAGUCACCAGCCAAACAUAAAACAAAGGAUUAACUCUGAGCCCUGAGGAUGACCCCCGGGCUCUCCUUGUGAAGAUCUGUGAUCAAAACUGAGGCAAUAAAACUAAUGUGAACAAAACA